AUGGUUACCAAAAAAAGUCCAGGCAUACAGUGUUCGAAGUGUAGUAAGUGGCUGCAUGCGUCAUGUGCUUCCAUUACUACAGAGCAGUUAAACACCCUGCAUUCGACGGAUGCCGUGAACUGGAGAUGCCGCUCUUGUACGGGAAGCGCCAAACCCAGACGACUGUCUUGUAUCUUACCUGAUGCCGAAGAAGAAGAAAAUACGGAUACCGAGAUGAUUGAUAACAACAUAACACAGCGUAUAUUGAAAGACAUACGAAGAGAAGUACGCGAUAUAAUGCGGCAGGAGCUGCAGUCUACCCUUCAGUUUUACUCUGAUAAAAUAGAUGAAUACGAAAAAAAAAUCCACAUUUACGAGGGUAAUCUGAAGGCUGUUGAAAACCAAAGCUUAGAAAUUAAAAAUAAAUUCAAAAACAUGGAACUGAAAUACGAUGUGCUGGAACAAAAACUGCACGCCAUAGAACAAAGUCAAUUAGCUAAUUAUGUUGAAGUGUGUGGUAUUUCAGAAAAGACACUAAGUCGACCCUCUGCAAUUGUUGUUAGUCUAAAAGAAGGCUGUCGAGAAGAAUGGCUACAAGUCAUAAAACCACUCACUAUCACUGGGAAGGAUAUAGGAAUUGACGAUGCUAAUAAGAUCUACAUCCGAGAAUGUCUAUCACCAAAUACGGCAUACUUCCUGUGGGUGGCUAAAACGGAGUUAAAACAAACUGACUUAUGUAAAUUUGUGUGGUGUAAGAAUGGGCAGAUAUUGGUACGAAGAUGCGAAAAAGGAAAAACCCAUAAUGUAAGAUCUGUAAAAGACAUACAAAGAUAUGUGGCAGAGUUCAGGAGCAGCAAGGGUGAGCUAAAAAUGAUCGAUGGUUCAACAACAGGUCUGUGUGCUUUGUAUAGACCCCCCAAUCUGGAUAGGACCCAAUUCGUAGCGGAAUUAGUGCGCACAAUGGAUCAAUUCCCACAUAAAAAUAGCUUAAUAAUUUUAGGGGAUAUGAACAUUGACUUAAAACAACACUCAUCUAUACCUAAUUUGUAUAUUGAUUCACUCGGAGAGAUAGGCCUAGAAACCGGAAUAAGCCAGUUCACUCGGAUAGAUAAGAAGGGUGAGUGUAUCACAAGAACAUGUAUAGAUCAUAUAUAUGUACGUAGUAUCGACCAGCAAGCGGUGCACACAGCUGUUGUAAACAACGCGCUCGCCGACCACUUCAUAACCGGUUGCGCGCUAGUCCACAAUACGCUUGUCAACAAAAAUACUCAAUAUAAAAUUGUCACGAAGUUAGAUAAUGAGAGGGUGCGUAGUGAGUUGUGUAAAAUAAAUUGGAAUUUAGCUAUGAAGUACGAUAACCCGACAGAUGUAUUGAAUUACAUAUUGGAAAAAAUUUCAUGUUUAUAA